UCUCUCUUUACCCCUCUCGUUUCACAGUUCAGUUGUAUGCUCUCUCUUGACCCAGCAAUAGCCACUAGGCAGCAUGUACCCUGGAGAGGUUGCAAGCGUUGUUCUCCCACACCUGCCACCUGCAAGCACAGCCCCUUUCGAUUUUGGACCCCAUUGCCACGCACCUGCAGAUGACCGCUUCUUGUUCCAGCGCAACAGCAACCUAAUGAUAACUACGCCGUACUCGGGUGCACACUGCCAGCAGCACGCUGGCCAGCCGUUUCUUGAUCGUGUGCCGAACUCCGACGAGCCGGCCGGAGACCGACAUAGGAGGCUGCAGCUCGCGGAGGAGAGGCGGAGGAGGAGAACGGUGUCCAACCGGGAGUCGGCGCGGCGGUCGCGCGUGCGGAAGCAGAAGCAGCUCAGCCAGCUCUGGGCGCAGGCCGUCCACCUCCGGGGAGACAACCGCGACCUGCUCGACCGGCUCAACCGUGUCAUCAGGGAUUGCGAUCGCGUCCUGCUCGAGAACGCGCGGCUGAGGCACGAGCGGUCCGUGCUGCAGAGGAGGCUCGAGGAGCUCGCCGACGACGUCGCCGGUGAUGACGACCGUUCUAGGAUGGCUGCAACCACCUAGUCGAGCUAGCAAAUAACGAUGCAACAUAUGAGGAUGUCCACCAAGUGGUUUCCUUCAUUUUUGUUCAUCACAUAUUUGCUCUAUGGACAAAGGGAGAUCUUCUGCUAUGUGUAGUAUAUAAUGUGUUAAAGAAUAGCAAACUAAUCUGUAGAUAGACUAGAAUCCAAACUAAUCUGUUGUAACAGCUAUACAGACAGAUUAAGUUGUUGGAGUUGUAUCAGGUCACUGUUGGGCUGUACCUCCUGUAGCCACCUGGCAAACUGCGGAGCCUGGUUACACUGGCACAGAAACAACAAUCGGUGACCUUUUAUGAUCAUCGGUUCCUCAAACUGACAGUAAUAAUAUAUCACUU